AGCCAACUGAUCAUUAAGUGAAAAGUGUGAAAAAUGGAGAAUUAUUCAUAUCACGUCUUGCAAACAUUACAGAAAGAUCAAGACAGGACCUUGAUGAUUGUUGAUAAUGAUGCCAUUACUCGUGGUGCUUUUCAUUCUCGUGUGUCUCAAGUAGCUCAUUUAUUGAGAGAGGCAGGCCUAAGGCCAGGGGAUAGAGUGUUACUAGCAGUGUCUCCGUCAUUGGACAUGUUUACUGUCAUUGUAGCAAUAUUUGCACUAGGUGGUACUAUUAUACUGAUUGAUCCAACAAUGGGACUAGAGAGGUUCAAUUAUUGUGUUGGUAAAGCAAAUCCUGUUAUGUGUGUAUGGAUGAAAGGUACAAAAAUGAAGUGGCUGAAGUACAUAUUUCCAUCAAUUAAAGCAAUACCUAAACUGCUUGAGAUUGAUUAUUCAUCAUCUUUGUUAACUAAUUACAAUGAUUUAAUUAUGCCGGAGAAUGUCAUCAAUACUGAACACGCCCUGAUAACCUUUACCACUGGGAGCACUGGUAUGCCUAAGCUAUUGCUCCGUAAACAUGAGUUUCUGCUCUUCCAGUCAAAGUGUAUAUCAAAAAUGUAUGACAAGUAUAUGAAAGAAAUCAUAAAACUUGAUGAAGAAGAAUGCGGCGGUCUUACUAACCUUGCUGUCUUCCCUCUUCACUUUUUAAAAGUGGGUGGUACUGGUGGUUUGUUCUCUCGUUUUACCACAUGCGAUCCAGCUGACGUCAUUCAAACUCUAACGAAAUACAAGAUGAAUUUUUUGGGAGGAUCGUUACACUUUUUGCACCGUGUGGCUAAAUAUGCAUCAGAGAAUGGCAUCAGUCACUUACCAGUUCAAUUAGCAUUAGUAGGAGGAUCGACUAUAUAUCGUGGUCCACUGCGUACUAUUUCAAGUGUCAUUAAAGACAGUAAUGUACUGAUAGCCUAUGGCAGUACAGAGGCCGAGCCGAUUAGUGUAAUAUCUGUCAAAGAGAAGCAGCUACUGGAGGCAGAUGGACCAGAUGCACUGUGUGUUGGUAAACCAUUUGUUGAGGACAGUGUCAGAGUCAUUCCUGUACAAGAUGAUUCAAAAGUAUUCAGUGAUCCUGUUGAUAUUGACUCAUUACGCUCUGAUUGUGGUGAAAUAGGAGAGCUAUUAAUAUCAGGAUGGCACGUCAAUACUAAUGAGGUUGAGGCUAAGCGUCUCAUUACAGAUAUUAAUGGUAGGGUGUGGCUAAGGAUUGAAGAUGCUGGCUAUGUUGAUAAAGAUGGUUACAUUUGGCUGGUGGGAAGAGCAAAAUGGAGAGUAGUAGACACCAAGAAUGGGAAGACAUACUGGUCAGCAAUUGUGGAACAAAAGAUACUGGAUAGAACUAGCAAGAUUACUUUUGUUGCUUAUCUCAAUCACAAAGGGAGAGCUUAUUUGUUCAUUGAAGCACCAGAUGGACUGCCUCUCAAGGAAAAAGAAGCUUUGGAUUCCUUUAUUAAACUGGAGGGUGUCCCAGUUGAUGAGCUUGUUAUCAAACCACACAUUGCUAAAGAUCGUCGUCACGCCUCUAAGCCUAACACUGCCGUCCUUUUUGCUGAAGGAAAUCAAAAAUUAAAAGAUGCUUUGACGCUAGUCAAGUUUGUCAUCAUCAGUAAUCCCCUUGUUAUUUUAUUGCUAUUAUUAAUUCAAUUGUUUAUGGUUUUUGUUGCAUUUUAUCUUUUCACUGCAUGAGGAACAAUAUCUACAACUUUUUAAAAGUAAUGAGUAAUGACAUAAUUUGAGCAACUUCUUUAUGAUUCAUAAUGAAUAUC